AUGACUUUCCCAUACGCCACCUCCAUUCUCUCCCUACCCUCGACCAAGGAAGCCCUUAGAGCUGACCGGUGUGCAAGCAACGCACGAUUUGAUUCGCUGGCUAGUCUUGGAUUGGAUCAAAAUUUUGAGUUGACCGUUCAUUCGUCGCUUUCUUUAUUCCUAGCACCAUUAUAA